CAAAUAUUCUUAUGAUUGGUAUCAGUUGAACUUAUUCUUCAGCCGAAUUAAAAACUAAAAUGAACUCCUUCGCUGCUGUUAUCUUCUUUGCUGCUUUGGCCGCUGCCAAUGCCGGUUUGAUAACCCCCUUGGCCUACUCCGCCAUCCCAACCGGACACAUUGUUCAAGGACCAAGCUCAAGAACUACCGUCGUAGGCCCAGACGGUAGUGCAAUCUCCUCUGUAGCUCCAGGAGGUACCAUCAUCACCGACCACGAUGCUACCAUUGUUGCCCAAGCUGCUCCAGCUGCCGUCAUCGCUCCCGCCGCCAGGCUCGCUGUUGCUCAUGCCCCUCUUGUAGCUGCCCACUCUUCAUUGAUCGCUUCUCCAGCUAUCACCACCUAUGCUGCUCAUGCUCCAGUCUGGGCUCAUCAGGCUGUAGGAGUACCUGCCAUCGCAAGAGUAGCUGCUGAAAACACUGUUGUUGCUGGACCCUCUGGCACCAUCAGUCAAACCAGAGCUAUAGACGCUGCUCCCCAUGUUACCGUUUGGUAGAUUGUGAUGGUUUGCUUGUAAAUAAUAUUGUUUGAAUUUUGUGAUAUAGUUGUUAUUAUUUACCGAAUGUUUCCAUUGAUUUUUCUACUUUUUAUUUUUGAUUUGAGUUUCAAAUAUUUUUGCUUGAUGUAUGAUUGAUUGAUUGUAUGAUCAAAGGACCGAAUAAAGGCAUCAGAAUUUUAAAAUGA